GGCUCAGUUUGCAUUUUGCCUCGCCCUGACGAUGAGCUUCCCCCGCACGCCCGCGCUCCACGAAGAGUACCCGGCGCUCAGCGUUCUCUACCCGUUCGAGUGGGAGAACCAGUGGUUCUUCACGUGGGAGCACGGCUUCUGCAAGGACACGAUGCCCCAGUCGUCGUGCUCUGCGCCAUCUACUGCGUGCUCUGCCUCGGCGGCCGCGAGGUCAUGCGGUCGCGGUCGGCCUUUGGCCUCCAGACGGCGCUCGCGCUCUGGAACCUCGGCCUGGCGACCUUCUCGAUCAUGGGCGCGAUCCGCACCGUGCCGUUCCUCCUCAACACGCUCGCGGUCCGCGGCUGGCACCACGCCGUGUGCGCCGAGGCCAUGCCCCACUACGGCCACGGCCCCGUGUCGUUCUGGGUCACGCUCUUCAUCUUCUCCAAGAUCCCGGAGCUCGUCGACACCAUGUUCAUCGUGCUCCGCAAGAAGCCGCUCAUCUUUCUCCACUGGUACCACCACAUCACGGUCUUGAUGUUCUGCUGGCACGCGUACGCCAACCUCUCGCCCAGCGGUCUCUUCUUCGUCGCGAUGAACUACACGGUGCACGGCGUCAUGUACUUUUACUACUUCCUCGCCGCCAUCGGCAUCCGCGCGUCGUGGGCCAAGUUUGUCACGAUCAUCCAGCUCCUCCAGAUGGUCGUCGGCGUCGCGGUCUGCGCGUCCGGUGUCUACUACAUCAAGGCCGGCGUCACGUGCGAGCUCGACCGCGAAAACCUCAAGUGGGGCAUCCUCAUGUACUCGAGCUACUUUGCGCUCUUCCUCAAGUUCUUCCUCGAGCGCUACUUCUUCAAGGCGCCGGCCAAGAAGACCGCCGCUAUCGCGGACAAGAAGACGCUCUAA